AUGGCGCCGAUUGCAAAGAACAAUGCCUUUGGGGCAGGCAGUCCUAGCUGGAACCUCUCGUUCCCUGAAGGCAAUUUGACAGCCGCCGAGAUCAUUGCCUAUCUACCGCAUUGGCUGAAGUCGAUAGACGUUAUCCUCAGAUUCGUCAACCACGGUGGUCGAUCUGUCACGGUCACACACUUGCUUCACAAGUUGAGGAUCAUGCCUAGCGCCAACUACCAAGCCAACUCUACGACCAUCAUGAUGCAUUACGCUAUGCGUCGCGCUGGUCAUGAGGAGUGGACGAUUGGUACACGCCAUGAGUACGAGAAUGAUCGUGAGUACGACGAGAACAGCUUGUACGUGGGUGACUUCCGGCCGCCCCGUAUUACACACCCCAAGAACGUUUCUACCAAGCAGAAGGGCAAGGACGUAGAGCUGGCACGUAACUGCGCGGCUGACCCCAUUUCAUUCAAGGACUUGGCGCUUCACAUCAAGGAACAUCCUUCAGGUCAUGAUGCACUUGAUCUUACCCGCUGUGUUGACUACGCUCUCAAGCACCCAAAAGAGCAGUGGCUCUUUCCUACCGAUUUUGAAAAGUUGGUGAAGCAUCUUGGGGGUCCGCUGCUCGUCACUCACUCUCACCUUGACUCACAAGUCUUCAAACGAUACGACGCUCUCUUCAAGGCGCACGGUCCCGGUAGACUGCCUGCAAAGUACAACAAAAAGGCGAAGACCGAAUCCGAGAUUGACACCGACUCUAAUACUGACUCUGACACCGACACCGAGUCCACGUCCACGCCUGAGCCCAAGCCCAAACCCAAGAAGAGCAACAAGAGAACUGCUACCAGAAAAACCAAGAAGGUCAUGCGCGAGGCACGAGGAAGCGCGUUGACAGGUGUCGCUUCACUCUCACAAGGAAAGCGCGGAUUUGACGAAAUGGAAGAAGGCAACGAUGAUGAGGGUGGCAGGAGGAGGAGCGGUCGAGUCAAGAAGGCGCCAGUCUACUUUGACAACGAUGAUGCUACGGAUGUCGAGAUCAUGGAUACGGGCUACGUCACUCCUCGCAAGAAGCGCAACCUUUCACGGGUCCCGCCUAUGCCCAAGGAGGAGGAGAGUGACUUUGAAGCUACCGAAGAGCUCGAGUCUGACGACGAGAAGCUGCCCAUUGUCGACGAAGCUGCCAACGACUCGGACUUUUGCACACCCACUGCCGCACGCAGCAGGCGCCUUGCUUCCGGUCAAUUCAUUCAACAGCAGUCUCCCGCCAUUCUCAUGGAGCAGUUCCGCGCUGGCCUCGCAGCCGCAAAACCUGCUCACAAGACCUUCAUGGACCAUACCCCCGAGAUGGUGGCCGCGGCCCGCGCAUAUGAGCACCGCCUACCCCUCUACCUCACACCCCCGGCCCUUUCAGCAAACCGCAUGAUUAUCGACCCGUACACCGUGUACCUCUACGCACAAGACGGAUGCCGCAACGAAGACGAGCUCUGGGCCUCCGCACUGUCGACGUACCGUUUUGGCGGGCCGCGCCGCCACUCGCCGUUCCGUGAGUUGUAUCGCUUGACAGAACCGAUGGUUUGGGACACGAGUGACUGGGCGGAGAAUAUCAGGUGGGCGAAAGAGCAGUACAAGGAAUUUGGCGUCGAGACCUGGACUGAGUACGACGACCAUCUCGAUUGCAUCACCAGGUGGAGGAUGCAGACCAUGUGGGUCAGUGAGGAGGUGAUCUGCGCGGGAAUGUAG